GAGGAAGAAAAGAUGGGCCCCUUUGGAGGCGAAGAGGAAUAUCUUCCUGUGAAUCCACAAGCUGAAUAUAACGGGAGGGAUAGUGGAAAUGUCGAAGAAAUUGAGGAAAGUAAUGAAGAUGUUAAUGGAAGCAUGGAAAAGAUCAUCGAAGGAAAUGGAAUGAGACAAAGUCCAAAGUGUUGUCCACAUGGAUCACAGCAUCUCUACUACAUCUUAGGUGUAAGCAUCCUACUUAAUGCCAUUUUAAUAGUAGUCACUGUGUUCUCAGAGAGACGCACUCAAGCACCACUGCCACUAUCUACUGUUGCUCCGGUGAGCUGCUGUCCAGAUGGCUGGAUUGGAUAUCGAAGGAGAUGUUAUUAUUUUGGAGACACAGAAAACGAUUGGGAGUCCAGCAAGAACAACUGUUCUGCGUCAAAUGCUUCCUUGGCUGUCAUUGACUCUCAAGAAGAUAUGGUUUUCAAUACGUGGGGGAGGAAAAUGUGCUUAUGCGAACCAUCUUGGUAUUGCUAGCUCCAGUUGCACACGAGAAGAACACUGGAUCUGCAGUAAAGGAGAGUCUUACACAGCACACUGAAACAGUCUUUCUUUCUUUGUAUCAAAUAGUUGCAAAUUUUGUAUCAAAUAACUGCACAAUUUAAAUAAUGAAAUAUAGAUAAAUAUUAGAUAAAAUUAAAAACAAAUUAAAAUGUUAAGAUGGUUAGGCUAUUUUUUACCAGAAGCAGGCUAGGAUGUUGACAACCUGAAACAUGUCCA